ACAAUGUUGGAAAAGAGAUCUAGAUGGUCUGAAUUAUAUUUCCUAUGUAUACCUUUUGAUAUGGCUUUUACAAAAUUAUUUUCGAGUGUUAAUUUAUGGAGAAUUAGUUAUAGUACAAUAUCAAAGAGAUAUUGUAGUGCUGUCUCCGAAGAUUCACCCACGUGUGGGAAGAAAUCUGAUGAAGCUAGGCAGAGCAGUAAUGACCAGCCAGAGAACAAAAAGGGUUUGGUCCUUGGCGUAUAUGAAGAGGGGGAAAAGUUUGAAUUGACACCAGUCGCUGAGGAAAUAAACCAGAAGAGUGGCGGCAAGAUAUGCAAGCAUCUAAACGAAAUGUCAUGUCACCUGAAACACGGCAAAGCAUUCGUGGUGACGGAUAUUUUGGAGGAGUUUGGACCGGUGGCCAUAGCGUCUCUCGGCAAGAAGAAUCCAGGGUACAAUGAGCUGGAGAUGUUGGAUGAGACCAGGGAAAAUCUCCGCGUGGGUGUGGGUGUGGGGGUGCGUGAGUUGGUGAAGAGAGGUUGUGAUCAUGUGUACGUGGACGGAGGAACAGAGCCUGACGCCGCCGCCGAGGCCGCCCAUCUAGCAGCUUGGAGGUUCGAAGAGUUCAAAUCGUCCGGGGCGAAGUCCUUCCAGACAGAUGUAUUCCUCCAGGGAUCGGGUGAGGAGCUGUGGAAACGCGGCACGAUUUUCGGUUCUGGCCAAAACUGGGCCAGAUACCUCACCGACAUGCCUCCCAAUAAGAUGACGCCUGUUGACUUCGCACAGGCGGUGUUAGACAUGUUAUGUCCCCUGGGCGUCCACGUGACGGCCCACGACCCGGCGUGGAUCGAAGCUCAGCGGAUGGAGGCGCUCCUGUCGGUUUCCCGCGGUUCCUGUGAGCCGGCCGUGUUUCUGGAGUGCGAGUACCGAGCGGGCGGGGACCGGCCGCCCGUCCUGCUAGCGGCCAAGGGAAUCACAUUCGACAGUGGAGGUUUAUGUCUGAAGAAAGCUGAUGAAAUGCGAGAGAACCCGGACAGCCGCGCGGGGGCCGCCGCCACAGUCGGCGCUCUCAAGAUACUCGCGGAGAUGAAGGUGCCCAUUAACGUGGUGGCAGUGAUACCGCUGUGCGAGAGUAUGGUGAGCGGCAGCUGUAUGAAGGUCGGGGACGUCUUGAGAGCACUCAACGGACUCACCAUGCAGGUGGAGUGCACAGCCCAAGCGGGCCGCCUCACUCUGGCAGACGCACUGGUCUACGGACAGGCCAAGCAUAGACCUUCGCUAGUCAUAGACCUGGCGUCACUAACAAGAGGAGUGCAGCUAGCUACGGGCAGCGCGGCUUUCGGCGUGUUCAGUUCCAGCGGCGAGGCGUGGGCGGCGCUCGCACAGUCCGCGGCACGAGCUGGGGACAGAGGCUGGAGGCUGCCUCUCUGGAGCUAUUACCGCUCUAUGAUCGAUGAUGACCCCUCUGUGGAUCUGAGGAACAGGGGUCCAGGAACGGCUGCACCAUGCGUGGGAGCCGCGUUUCUCAAGAACUUCGUGUGUGCACCGUGGCUUCACCUGGACGUGUCGGGCGUGUCCCGGGGCGGCACUCCCUACCUGCCCGCGCCCCGGGCCGCCGGUCGGCCUGCGAGGACACUCGCAGAAUUCCUCACCGCCGCCGGCACAGCAAGUGCAAAUGUCAAGGACUCCGACUCACCAGCUACAUCUUAACAAUAUUUUUAUUAUGUACAAGUUCAUUUGUUGCUGUCUACAUCAAUCAGAUCCUGAUUGUAAUUUUUUAUCACUAAACUACGUUUUGACUUGAA